UCGUAUGGAGGAAGGAUGCAUGCAGGGGUCGUCGGCUACACAGAGAGCGCAAUGUUAUGUGCAUGUGUAUCACGUUUGUGAGCAGCUUUGCAACUUUCAAGCACGCAUCUGAAGCGCGUCCAAUCCCAUCGGAGUAAUUUAGGUGUGAUGAUUUGGCUGCGUGUUGCACAACCUCUGCUCACUUCCACUGCCGCCGACACAUCCUCUAAGGAGUGAUGGGCUCCAAGUUAACCCGACAGAGAAGUCUGGAUUUUGACAGCAAAUUGACCAAAAGGAGACAACAGCGGAAUGAUUUGCCCAGAGAGGACGAGAGAAGUGGCGGCAGGAGCGGCGGAGACUUCUUGUUUACGUCCCUGAUGCUGAAGUCCGACAAGCUGCCGGGGAUGCUGCGGAAAACCAACCAGAGCCCGUAUGUCAGACGGGUGGCCUGGGUCCGGGAGAUCCAGAAGCUGCUCCGGGAGCAGAAGACAGAGCAAGCAGGUGAAGUGCUCAAACUACUAAGAAAGGAUUUGGGACUGCAGGGAUCUUCUCUCAACGACAUCUUGUACAAGAACACAGCUUUUCUUAACCUAGUGGACCCCAUUUCUCACGAGCUGCUGCUCAGUCUCGCCCGGGAUCUGCAGUGCCCAAAAAGGGAAACUGAAUCACUCAAAUCCACCAACAAGAUCUGCCGUCAGCUGAUUUACCACUUGACCCCUCACUCCAAGUGGACUAAACAGAGCGUGCCCAGAAGGAAGUCCCAGGCCUGUUUGAAGACCACCCUGAAGAAGCGUCUGUCCGGUGAUGUGGUGAACUUGUCAGGAAUCCCACUGUCUGGACGUGACGUCCACCGUGUGGCUUUCUACCUUCAGACCUGUGGUGAGGCGGUGUCGGCUGUGGACCUGAGCUUCACCGAGCUGCAGGACGAGAGCUUACGUCUGCUGCUGCCCUACCUGAGCUGCCUGCCCAAACUGAAAACGCUAGCUGUUAACGGCAACCGCCUGACAGCCUCCAUACUGAAAGACCUGACGGAGAUGGUGAAGGACCCUGAAAAGUUCCCCAGCCUGGCCUGGAUAGACAUGGGCAACAACAUGGACAUCUUCACUGUCCCACAGCCACUGCUCGUGGCCCUGCGUCGCCGCUUUGGUCUACGCAGCAGCCUCCCCACCAUCUAUGAGUACAGCGAGGCACCGGCUUUUAGUAGCUACAACCCUAACAUGGAGACUUCUGUGGAGGAGCCCAGUCUGUAUGAGGAAGGGGAUGUAGAGGAAGAUGAUAGAGUGGAGGAGGAGGAGGAUGACAGACUGGAGCUGCAAGCCUGGGGCUUCAGAGAACAAAACAUGUCAAAGAAUGUGCCACUCCACUUCUGUGGGAGGUGAUCGCCCAGGGCGGCUUUCUUUUAGACUGGCAGCCUCUUGUAUCCUCAAGUCUAGCCUGCUCUGUUAGAGUGGCAGCAGAUGCUGACGUUGACCCACACAUUUCUGAAAAUAACUUUAAAAUGAGUAACCAUGUUGUGUGUCCCUCUGGAUGCUCUGAAUACUCCAGACAGCUCUGUGCUUGUACAGUCAGUAAGAAUAAAUUUGUAGACUGAUUUAAUAUUUAUUCAUCAAGGGAGGUUUAACUGAACAGACUUAUUGUUUUUCCAGUGCAACAUGUUUGUAAAAUUGGGAGAUUUCCUUACAAAGAUUCUUCCAAUCAUCCAAAACUGUCCAUGGGGCAGCUUGGGGAUCAAGUGCCUAAAACAUAGGUACAUUGGCAGCAGCUGCUGAAGAUGACAGGACAAUUUCUUGGCUUUCUUUUUUAUGUGCUGUAGGACGGAAUCUACUAAAAUCAAGGAUGAAUAUACACCUAUAAAAAUAGCACUGUAAAUAUAUAAUGACAAUAACUUUCUAAUUAAAAGGCCUUUAGUUUAAUUCUUACAAAAGCUGAGAAAGGGCCAAGGCCAUUCAGAAAUGUAUACUAUUCCCCUGCAAAAACAUGAAAUAUAUUCAAGAAAAAAAUAUAUAAAACCCUAAAAUGAUCAAAUUAGUGGUUAAGUAGAUAAAAAAAAAAGUGGUUAUCUCAGGGUUACUCAUUAAGUUCAUGAAAAUUCAAAAGCGGCAGGUGUAGCUGUUCUUGGCUUACCUUACUUAUAUUUCUCCUUCAAUUUUCCAUGCUGUUUAUGUGUCUAAACCUAUUUAUGUAUGUUUUCGCAUUUAAAACUUUUAUUAAAAGUCUCAUACAUGUAUUACUUCAAAGAAAUGUAUAAAACAAGUAGGACUUCUUCAUUGAUUUGCUCAGGGACCAGAUUAGCUGAUGUUAGCAAAUAGCUUUUAGCAAUAUUUUUUGCUAGUAGUAAGAGAGGCUAAGAAAAUAUUAAACUGCUUUUUAUACCAACAUCGAAUCAACAUGGUCACUGGUAGACGUAAUGGAUACUAUCUGUGUAACUCAUCACACAUUGAAAUAAAAAUAGGCUAUGUGGUUUAAUUCUGCUAUCAUCUGUCAUUAGCUACUGUUAUAAAGUUAGUCAUCCAUGUUGGAUUUUGAGGUCAUGGUUAAUGAAAAACCUUUGACCUUCUGAUACCAACUUAAGGGGGUGUUUUACCUGUUAUUUCCAACAUCCUAUGUAGUAUUUAGAAAUUCAAAGUUUAAAUGGAAAACAACAGUGGCAACAAAAACCAAGCUAGUCCUUUGCACCAUUAGCAUUAGCAGCUAUCCUAACUCAGAAUAAGAGAAAUAUUUUUGAAAUGAAAAUGGAGGAGACAAAAUAACAAGUAAUUGUAUGUACAUGUAAGCUUAAGACACAGAAAUAUUAAAGAAAUAAAUACAUGUAAACAUGAAACAAAUUCAUAAUACCACAAUAAACAACAGAAGUAAAUUGGUUUAGGGCUAAAAAAGUGGGGACAUACAAAGUAAGAACUACUAAAUAGAUAAACUAGUACAUUCUAAAUUGCUUUCACAGCACAUUAAUAUACCCAACUAUUUACCAUUUAUUCAUUUUUUACAUUUAUUCUUGAUUUUGUCAGCUUUUGAUCCUCUACAGCUAUUUGAUGCUAUUCCACACUUUUCUCUACAUGUGAUUCAUCAUUGUUAAAAUGUAUUCAUUAAGUUACCAAAAACUGUUUACGAGUUAUGUUAUAAAGCAUCCAGACCUCCGAUGCUUUAGGAGACCAAUGAUCCCUCAGAUACUUUUUAAACUUGACUUUAUUGCAGAUAGUAACAAAUGAAUAAGAACCAAAUCUUUUGAAACUAGAUUGCAAAGAUGAUGGUGUUUGGCAGAGAAAGUGAGCAAAUUGUAGGCCUGUGACGGAGGCGUCUUUCACCGCACAGAACUUAGGAAGGGUAAAUGUUUGUAUUUGCUAUGGUUUGAUGUCUGUCUGUUGUUUGUUCUGCCACGCCCACAUCCUCUGCUGCAAUAACCCGGUUUCUCUCUGGAAAAGCGAAAGUGAUUCCCUAGUGUGCAGGCUAAAGAAAAACUGCAUAGAGACGGCCGCUAACCUGUCCUGUCUAAUUAGCAGAGCUUUCAAUGUGCUCCUGCUAAAGUUUCCUGACGCCCACCAGUUUCAGAUUUGAAAUAAAUCUUCUAAACCAUG